CUCCCCGAGGGGGAGAGCCAGGAACCGGACCCACCGUCGCCGCCGGCGGCACCGAGGGCUGGCCCCUCCCACCGCGUCCUCCCCGCCAGCAGGGGGCGAAGCCGAACGUUCGCUUGCCUCCGGAAAGAUCCGAGCGGCGGCGGAUGCGGCCGAAGGGAGGCGAGGCGGGGAGCGGCGGCAAUGGCGCAGCAGGUCGAGCAGCUGCGGGCCGACGGCGUCUAUAAGGAGGUCAUACGGGAGGGCAGUGGGCCGCUGCCCGACUUCCGCGAUGGCACCAAGGCCACCUUCCACUACCGGACACUGCGGUGCGGGGAUGAGGAGACGCCGCUGGACGACAGCCGAGAACGGGGGAAGCCCAUGGAGCUGAUCGCCGGCAAGAAGUUUAAGCUGCCGGUGUGGGAGGCGGCGCUGCGGACCAUGCGGCCCGGGGAACGAGCCCGCUUCCGCUGUGACGUCAAGCACGUGGUGCUCUACCCACUGGUGUCCAAGAGCCUGCGGAAUAUCGCAGCUGGGAAGGACCCCCUGGAGGGGCAGCGACACUGCUGCAGCAUAGCCCAGCUGCACGAGCACUACUCCCUGGGAUACCCUGACCUCGACGAGCUCCAGAAGAACCCCCAGCCCCUCAUCUUUGACAUUGAAGUGCUCAAGGUGGAGGCACCUGGAUCCUACCAGCAGGACCCAUGGGCCAUGACAGAUGAGGAGAAACUGCAGGCUGUCCCCCAGAUCCACAAGGAAGGCAACGAGCUCUACCGGCAGGGCAAGGUGCAGGAGGCAGCUGCCAAAUACUACGAUGCCAUCGCCUGUCUCAAGAACCUACAGAUGAAGGAACAGCCUGGCUCUCCAGACUGGAUUGAGCUCGACCAGAAGAUCACACCCUUACUGUUAAAUUACUGCCAAUGCAAGCUGCAGUCUGAGGAGUACUACGAGGUGCUGGAUCACUGCUCCUCCAUUCUCAACAAGUAUGAAGACAAUGUCAAGGCCUAUUUCAAGCGGGGGAAGGCCCACGCCGCAGUGUGGAACGUGGCAGAGGCCCAGGCUGACUUUGCCAAGGUAUUGGCCCUCGACCCAUCGCUGCGUUCUGUCGUCUCCAAGGAGCUGCGGAGCCUGGAAGCUCGCCUGCGGGAGAAGGAUGCCGAGGAUAAGAUCCGCUUCAAGGGCAUCUUCUCCCAGUAGAGCCCCCAAGGCUUUCUGAGCAGGUUCCAGUGAUUUGUUUGGUUGGUUUUUUUUUUUAGCUAUUCCACAUGUGGAAUGUUCACAGAUGUUUAUUAAUGUUUAAUACAGAUUUUAAUUAUUGGAAGAAGUGGCCCCAGGAGCUCGCCACGGCAGCGCACCUUAGCUCGUGGCAUCGCAACCCUCACUCAACCGUGGGGCUCUAAGACAAUGCUCGUCAUCGUGCCAGUGACACGAGCUCAAGCCUGCUGCUCUUUGCCACCUUUAACCUGUUUGUUUCAUGUUUUGAUACUUUAUGUUGGGCUGAGCCACCACCUUCAGGGCUGGACAAGCUUCUUGCAGUUACUUGGCCCCGGCUCUUAGCCUAUACUCCGUGCCAAGUCCUGCGUCGUCGCAUCUUGAGGCUGCUGCUGCUGCUGCUGCUGCUGUUGCUGCCAUCUCGAGCUGGUGUGUUCUCUCUGCUCCAUCAUCAUGGCAGCAUCAGAAAUAGUUUAUGGAGACCUAAUUGCUUCAUACUGCCAUUGACCUAGAACUGUGGUCGUGCUAUGCCAGGAUAAGCAGAAGUAAAAUGAGUCACGGGCACCUGCUUGCUUAGAAAAGUUGCUGUUGGAGGCAAACGAGGUAUGGUGAGGUUGAGAGUGGCAGGAACGGGUCAUGCUCUGGUGCUGAGACCUUGCAAAUUCACUGCAGAACUGAGUCCUGACUUGCUGCGCCCUUGUGAUGGAUGUGUUCGAGUCCUUAAUGGGCUUUCUAAGGUGCAGAGUCACAGAAUCUCUCCAGCAGGCUCUGUUCUGUGCGCGUGGUGUAAAAGCAGCUUGAUGUAAAAA